GGAUGGAUAAUUACAUAAUAGCGAUGUCUGGCGCCGCACAGUUGCUUGUAUAAGUGAAGGGGGAAAAGAAAAUAUCACCAUGUGUUCUUUCGGGAAUUUUUUUCAGGGGAAAAAAAAAGACAGCCUUACCGUAGAAUCUUCUGUACGGUAGAAAACCUUCCAUUGCCGAACGUUCCGACGAUUUAAGGGCGGUGGAACCUCCCGCUGGGCGAGCCUUAGUGGUGGCGUCGCGCUUUCGUCAUUCGUCAUCGCCAAGUAAACUCCACGCCAGUUUGUUCAGACCGCAGAGCUGGUGACGGUGACAGAAUUCUGGAGAAUUCCAACAGAGGCACGAACGAACGCGGCUAGGGAAAAAAAAAGUUGGGAUUGUUCCGAUGGAAGCCACAUGGCUCGUUCCGAUUUUCGGGGAAUCAGGGGCGAGCAACGAUGGCGUGCGUGGCCGAUCUGUCCAAGGGACAAUUCUUUUUCAAAAGGACUGCAUCCCCAAGUUGACAUUUUUGUUCAACGGUGAAAGGCUGUUUGUUGGUAGAUCUGUGUACUAUUUUGAGGGAUAGUUAUUUCAUACCAUUUCCCUUCAGCUUCAUCUCAAUCAAAAACCUCCUCCACCGACUCUGAUAACCGAGCCCUUCUGUGACAUCUCCUCCAACCCCAUUUCACAUCCAGCCACAUCCAGCCACAUCCAAUCAUGACGGCAGACGACUCCAACGGAGCGACGGCAAAGUACGGAAGCGAGGGCGAGAGCUCGCCUCCGGUCGUGCGCAUGAUGGUACUCGAGACGGAUGAGCCACACCCCCAAUCCCAAGAGAGGAAGGGCACGUACGGAGAGAACCUCCACCGGCACUUCAAGGCCGCCGGCGACGAGCACAAGCCGCGCCUCGGCAUCGAGACCGACAUACGGUUCGUCGUGGCCGACAAGGGUGGCGAGGUGCCCAAGGCGUCCGAGUUUGAAGGGUUCGACGCCGUGCUGCUGACGGGCAGCAUGUACGACGCGCAUGGCGACGACGACUGGAUCAAGGACCUGAAGGCGUUGCUGAAAGAGCUCUGGCAGACCAGGCCCGACAUGCGCUUCUCAGGCAUCUGCUUUGGCCACCAGAUACUGUGCCGCCUCCUGGGAUCCGAGGUCAGGCCGUCGCCGUCCCAAGACUGGGAGCUAGGCCACUCACAGAUCAACCUGACCGCCGUGGGCCAGCGUCUCUUUCAGACGGAUGACUCGGUUGUGCACCUGCACCAGAUGCACCAGGACCACGUGGUGGCGCCGCCGACGUACUCGAGCGCCAACGGCCUGCUGGCCGAGAACGCCGAGGUCUCCGUCUGGGGCAGCAGCCCCCACACCAACGUCCAGGGCGUCUACAUCCCGCGCCGCAUGUUCACCGUGCAGGCCCACCUCGCCUUUGACGAGCAGAUGGUCAAGCGCGAGAUGGAGAUGCGAAUUGAGCAGGGCGCCAUAGAGGGCAAGGACCGGGAAACGGCCGAGCGGGCGGCCGAGACAGCUCACCUGGACCACGAUGGCGAUGUCGUUGCCGCCGCUAUUCUCAGGUUCUUCCAUGGUGACGAUGACGACGACGACAUCGACGUGGAGAUGGCAAGAAAGAAGUAAACCUGCCAGUGCAGGCGGUUCAAGUCGAAUCGCUGCCAACUCCUCUGGGCACAACUUGUGAGGAAUCAUGAGCACCUAGAUAUAAAUAGGUGCUCGGCCUUAAAUUACUCGCAGAAUAAGACAGCUGAACAAUAUCAGCUCAGAUGAUGGAAAUGAACACGUCUAGUGCCAUCUUUGACGCAAGAUAAAGUAAAUCAACAUGAGCAUCAUUCACCCCGGAGGCACCCAUCCAAUCUUCUUGAUGGGCCAGGACAAAUGAACACGGUACUGUGGCUCCAGAUGUCGGUAAAUACCAGACAUUGUGUGAUGCGGCCAACCCUCAGUCAUCCAGCCGAAGUCCACAUCCUUGACGAUAACGACUGAGUACGCAUAUAUGAUGAGAGCAUUCGGCGUAAAGUUCUUGAGGAGUUCCAGAAACUUGGUGUCAUCGGCAACCGCAACGAACGAAUACCACCCCAUGUCCCGUGCAUGCUUCUCCGGAAAGCCCUUUUCGUCGUACGUUACCGAAUAGCACUGGGACACUCCGUUUACUAUCCUGAUGUACCGGUCGCGCAGCUCGCGGUUGUGGUACUCGCUAUCCAUGAUGUAUUCGCGCAACCGGCGAAACGGCUCCGCCUCGGGCCUCCCCGAGGAAGUGGCGAGCAUGUUCAUGCACUUGACCGUCAGGGAGGCCAAGGCUCCAACGGGCCCGCGCUCGAGUCGUGCCCACUGCUCCUUGUCGUCGGGGAUGAUGGCGCGGGUGAGAACGGACCAUUCGAGAAUGUGCUCGUUCUUCCGCUCGUGCGGACCGCCACCCAUGGGUAACCAGCUGUCAGGGGUUGGACCCCUUGCGAUGGCAAAAUAUGCGGCGAGCAAAGCAAACAUGUAAAGGGCGUGGCAUGUGACCUCGUUUGCACCACUUGACAGCAGGGGGCCGACCAGCUGCUCGGCCUGGUACCAGUGAUUCUUGGCCUGGCUGAAGUAGUAGUCGGCGCUGCGGUGGCGGCCGGCCUCGGGGAAACGGCCCAGGUGGACACUUGAGAGGGCGAGAAUGGCGUGCAUGAGAAAAGGGUGGUCAAGGGCCAGCUUCGGCACAUCCUCACGCCAAAGGUCCAAGAUGUGACUGUGGCGCGACAUGGAGUUGACAGUAGAGCUGGUAAAGUUUAGGAGAAGCUCAAGGUCAUCCAUGUUCAGCUUGUGCCCAUAGUUGGAUCCCGGGCUGUUGGGGGGCGGAAGAGGCCCUGUAGCAACUGUGACCGCCGCCAUAGCUAUAGCGAUAUCCGAAGUCCGACGGGGAUCAUGUUGACUGCCCAUCGUGGUGCUGUAAUUAUUCGGAGGCGACGACGUGGCUGAGGCCGGCCCCAUUGGCGCAAAAGUCGGUUGCCUUGGAUCAUUUUUGGGAACGACGCCGCGGUGGGCUGGUGAUUGCGGCGAGAUGGACUGCCGAUGCUGUUCGUACAAGUUAUGCUGAGGCUGACCAGCAGGUAUUGGUGGUUCAGGAUACUGGCAGGUCAAUUGCCUGGCCAGGCAAAAACCACAAGUAGGAUGACUCUCAUCGCACUGGACAUCUCGCGUUUGCGUGGAUGCGCCCGGGGAAAAAAAUCAGUCUCUGAAUUCAUAUCCGGUCAAGAGAGGGGCAAUAAUAAUUAAAUCUAGCGUAAAUUUACAUACCUUGACCCGUCGAGCUUUGCAGUUCAUGCAUCCCAGCCUCGACUUGCGAUGUGGCCGACGCAGCGCAUUUUUGCCCAGCUCGCGUUGCUGACCAGUGCUGCCUUGGGCAGGCCCGGACGCGGCCGCAGAGGCCGGUGCAGAAGCGGCAGACACAGGAGCGGGAGCUUGAGCUGUUUGCUGUGGCGGCGGCGAGGGAUAGAGAGUCGUUGGUGGGUGAAGUGGCAGUGGCUGCUGCGUUGAUGGGACGUUCAUGUCUACGAUAGCGAGAGAAUUAUCGACCGAACCAUGGAAUCUACCGUAUGUGCCGUACUUCGUACCUUAUUCCAGGUGAGGAAAAAAAGGCGCAGAGAAA